AUGCAUUUCGCUUUUCCACCACGCAAAACAUCACAUCCCCCGCCAUAUGCUGCGCGCUCAACUCGCUCAGGCUUCUUGCGCUACAGCCAGCUUCGGAAUAUCCUCAUCCUAGCUGUUGGCGCUCUUGUAACAUUAUAUCUGCUUUCCGGACUCUUCUCUGGCUCGAGCACUGUCUCAAUACCUGCAGGAACACCCAAGGCUGUCGUCGUCACCACACUCGACCCUUCGCUGAGCGAAUCUUACAAAGCUGCCAUCAAGGCCAAUCGAAAGCACUAUGCUGCUAAGCACGCUUUCUUCCCCAACACGACCGACUACCCUCUCGGUGACAACCCGAGCUCAUGGUCGCUCAUACCUGCCAUGCGCCACGCCAUGGCCCUAUAUCCCCACACCCCCUACAUCUUCUACCUCACCAGCACAGCCUUGAUCAUGAACCCUUCAUUGUCAGUCGAAGACCACAUCAUGGAGCCCCGUCGUCUCGAAUCCCUCAUGCUUGUCGACAAGCCAGUCGUCCCUCCGGAUUCCGUCAUCAAGACUUUCUCGCACCUCAAGGGCGAUCGCAUCGACUUCGUCCUGUCGCAAGAUAACGAGGGCUUGGCAGGUGGUAGCAUGGUUAUUAGAUCUGGAGAGUGGGCCAAGUUCUUCCUUGACUCUUGGUUCGACCCUCUAUACCGCAGCUACAACUUCCAGAAGGCUGAAGCUCAUGCCCUUGAACACAUUGUUCAAUGGCAUGGUACAAUCCUAGCCAAACUCGCGCUCGUACCUCAACGCAUCUUGAACUCGUAUACCCAGGGCCCCGCAGAAGGCAUCUACAAUGAAGGCGAUUUCGUCGCAAACUUCCACGGCUGCAUCCGCGACUCGAAACGCAACUGUGAGGCAGAAAUGCAACCUCUCCUCACCAGAUGGAGGGAAAUUACCGACCGCGAGCGAUGA